AUGGGACAACCUUCGCAUCCGGCAUCGAAUGCCUUGAUCUAUUGCUCCUAUGUGGCAUUUCUUGUUUUCGGCCUCUUUAUAGCAUGGAGGUUGCGAGGCCAAUCUGCAGGAGAAUGGCUCUCGGCAAACAGGACACAAAAGGCCUUUCCACUCGCCUUGAACUUCAUAGCAUCUGCCUUGGGCUCGGGCAUAUUGUUCACGUAUCCUAACAUUGCUGCGCUUGCCGGACUGCAUGGUCUUUUAGUGUAUGCACUGUCUUCAGGUCUGCCAUUGCUUAUCUUUGCGGCUCUGGGACCUAUCAUCAGGAGAAAGUGCCCGGACGGAUUUGUGUUGACACAAUGGACCCGACAACGAUAUGGAACGAUCACGUCCCUAUACCUUAGCUUUUUCAGCUGUGCUACCAUCUGGCUUUACAUGGUUGCAGAACUUUCCGCCCUUCAGCAAGUUAUCAAACUGCUUACAGGCAUGAAUGGCCUGCCUGCAGUCAUCGUACAAUGUGCAGUCACCACCAUUUACACAGCUGCUGGGGGCUUCCGCGUUUCAUUCGUCACAGACAACAUCCAGGGCGCGAUGGUACUGCUUUUCCUGAUUGUGGGCGUCAUUACGAUAGCAGUGACUGUCGACAUUGACACCUCACUCAUCCCAGUCUCUGGCUACUUGGAAGCCAACCUAUUGGGCUGGCAACUGCUGUACAUUCUGCCCGUGGCUAUCUUGACCAACGAUUUCUUCUUGUCUGGUUUCUGGCUGCGUGCAUUUGCGGCUAAGACGGACAAAGACCUAUACAUCGGCGUCAGCAUAGCUGCUGUUGCUGUCGCGCUUAUUACUACGCUGGUGGGUGUUUCGGGCCUCAUUGCUGGCUGGAGUGGUGUGCUUGGAGUGCCUCCUGUAGCCACUGGCAUUGAGCUGUUCACCCUCCUGAAGACACUGCCUGCAUGGGUGGUCGGCAUUAUCUUGGUCAUGGUCGUUACGCUCUCGAUUUCGGCGUUUGACUCUCUGCAGUCAGCACUCAUUUCGACCGGCUCCAACGACUUCUUCCGCAACAAGCUCAACAUCUGGUGGAUUCGACUCAUCGUGGUGGUCCUCAUCAUCCCA